AUGUCGAGGAGGAGUACACCUCCCAACACGCCACCAGCUGGUGGCCGCGCUGCUGCAGAUGAGGGCAAUGACGACGAUGAUGGAGAGUUCUCGGCCAAAGGAGGCAAGCGAGGAAAAGGUCGUGAUCCACAAUACGGUCCUCGCUCCAGACCUCGAGGUAACCUACCGCCGCCUCCAGAGUUCGAUGGCAACAUGGAGGAUCCCAAGAUAUUCAGACGCUACAAGGCGCAGGUCGAGAACUGGGUUUUGAUUGCGAAGAACAUCAUCGGCCCCGAGGAGAUGGCACCAAGACUGCAUGCAGCGCUCAGAGACAAAGCUUUCGACCACGUAGAGGACGGGAGCCCGACAGUUUUCGCAGUUCCAAACGGUGUGGAGCUCUUACUCGACAGGUUGCCAUAUUUCGAUCAACGCCCGACGGUCAAGAUAGGCGCCGCAAUGGGCGAUUUCUUUCGCAUGGAGCACGUUAAGCCAGGCGAGACCUUACUCCAGCUCGCCACUCGAGUGGACAAGGCAGUGCUCCAGGCAAGGUCAGUAGAUUUGGCCGUUCCAGAUCCAAUCAUCAUUAGGCAGUUCAUGAAGAGUUCGCAGCUGGACCACAAGACACAGGCCACAUUAUUGAUGGCCGCAGGUUCGAAGUUCGAGUGGAAGCCCCUAAAGGAGCAAGCGGCCAUUCUGUUUCCCAUGCCGCUGGUGCCGCGCAACAGAUUUCAAGGAGAUCGCAAGUACAGACCUCAGUAUAGUGCUCACGUCACGAACCAGGAUACGUACGAGAGGGAGGUCACCGAGCCCGACUACCAGCACGACCAUGAGGACUGGCAGGUGACCGACGCAGAUUUUGGACGCGAUGACUCGUGCGACAACAGCUGGGAGGAAGAUUCCAGCGACUUCUGGGACGAGCAGCUACCCGAGGCGUUGGCUAGAGAGAUUCACGCUGCUCAUGUUACGUUCAAGCAGGCUCAUGAUCGUCUCAAUCAGGCCAACAGAGCACGAGGUUACUACAACACGAAGGGCAGCAAGGGCAAAGGUAAGCACGGCAAGGGCCACCAGCCGAAUCGUUCCGGAAAAGGCAAGGGCAAUGACGGAGGCAAGGCACGACGUGGCAUGUCGUUGGAGGACCUCAAGAAGGUGACCAACUGCUCGGCGUGUGGCGAGAUCGGCCAUUGGGCAGGUGACCGCCAGUGCCGAGCGCCAGCCUCCAAGAGAACAUCAACGGGUACGACGGCUACACGGAGUGCGAACGAAGCAUCGCAGUCUUCGACGCUUGGUGGCCACCUGCCCAUCAGCAGCCUGCCCAACACGAACACGAUCAAGAUGGACGAACGACUUCAGGCGCGUCUUCGGCUUCGACGAGACACGGUUACAAGGACGAGGUUCAAUACGAAGAGCUUCCAUAAGGAGCACUCGAUCUACAUGAUGACGAUGGUGAAGGACGUUUUCAGCACGGUGAACAUCGACAGCGACGCCAACCUUCUGGUGCUCGACACUGCGUGCCAGACGACGCCUGCGAGAGUCGAAUCACAUCUCACUAUCUGUGCGAUCGUCGGUCAGCUCACGUCACCGAUCGAGACAACCGAGAUCAACGCGAAGUGCAUCAUUCCGAUCGAGCCGACCGAGAACACCACGACGUACCUUAUCCCGAGCGAGUCGAACGACAGCACCGAGAACUACGACACCGCAAGCCCGAACCCGAUCGAGCAGUACCUCAGCUACGUCACUACCGAAGACCUGCGGGCGCGAUGGGCGAUUCUCAUUCAGCCAGUGUUUGUGGUCAUCCGAAUGUUCGACAGGAAUCAAAGGUACAAAGUGAUCGACAGCUUUCUCAGCAGACAGUUUCCAGCGAUGCAGAUUCUGUGUCAGGGCAAGACCGUGGACAGCUUCAUUCCCGAUACCAGGACAGGAUCACGGACAAGGAUGUCACGCUAUCCAGACUUGAACAAGACGCGCUGCCACCCUACCAACGGGGAGCACGAGUACACAGUUCCAGCCGGGAGGUUCAAGGAGUGCCUCUAUUGCGGGACGGUCUGGAAGGGCGAGAAGUACCAGAUCAGGACGAAGGACGUGAUCUUUUGGAAUCUCCGCGGGGCGCGAGAGACUCCAGGCGGAUGCCAAUUAACGACGGGUCAGGCGAAGAGGUACCACGGCAUGGCCAAGUCCGCCUACAACAACUUGCAGCUCGAGAAGCGCGUCUAUGAUAUACGAAUGCAGAAGAGCCGUUUUCCACGACGCCAGCGACGCGGCUUCGACAUCUACGAGAUCUUCGCGGGCGAGUGCGGCAUCGCCCUGCAUGCCACCGACCGCGCCAACGGCUGGGGCAUGCGAGCUCUCCAACCGGUGGACAAGCUGUUCGGUCAGGACUUGAAGAAGCAGAAGGCCAGGAAGGAAGUGCUCGAUACGAUCGACAGGUGGCGGCCACGCUUGGUCAUCAUCCAGCUUCCGUGUACACUCUGGUCGCUGCUCAACCGCAACGUCAACUGCAAGGAGAUGCCCGAGGUGUUGGAGGACCUACGCGAUGAGGAGCGGUGUUUCAUCACCUUCACGAAGGACAUCUUCGAUAAGCAGAAGGACUACGGCAAUCACGCCCUGCUUGAGAAUCCCGCUACUGCCGACUCGUGGCGCGAGGAGGCAAUCGUCAAGCUCAGGCAGGACAACUACGAGUGCACCUCUAAUAUGUGCAUGUCCGGCAUGGUCGGCAACCAGGGACUCCCCAUGAAGAAGUUGGUCAUCGAGAGCGAGGAGUUCGGACACGGCAUCUACCUGUGCAGUUAUUACCCCGUCUCCUACGACGCUCCAGCCCCUACUGUGCACCGCGUCUGCUAUUCGGCUCCCGACAUGGUGGCGCAGGACUCAGAAAUGCGGAGGCAGGUGUCCGAGUUGGUUCCCUGGCAGAUCUUGUACAUGCAGGCCGCCUUCCAGCCGCCUACGCACCACGAGAACGAUUUCAAGACCCAGUACGAUACGGUUUGUUCAUUAUCGGACGUGCUCCAGUCGGCGAAGUACCAGCACCACCUCGACCACCAGUCGAAGGCGAAUCACGACAGCCAGUGCCAGUACCCGACGAACCACAGCCAGACGAACUUCAGCCUCAGCCUGUCCAACAACGGGCUGGCGACGAUGCACCAGAACUUGAGCCACCCGCUGCAGGCUGAUUUCACGAGGUUCCUGAACGCGAACGACGCGAGCCAGGCUCACGACGUUCACGUCGAGAAGCCCCCAGCUGAAGCUCACUGGCAGUCAGGACGAGCCGAGGCUAACAUCACACUCUGGAAGCACAUGGCCAAGAAGGUGAUUUAUACGAUGCGGCUUGCCGGGGUUGAGGACAUGAAGCUGAUGGCACCAGCGAUCAACCAGUCUCGCAAUUCUCGUGUCCGACAAUGCGGUGCUUCACCAUAUCAGUGGACUUUCGGUAAGGACCCGAGGAUCCCCGACAGCAUCACCGAUCCAGCUAACUCUGCCGUCGUACAUAGCGCCAUGACCGCAGAUGCCGAGCUUGCUAAACGAGCCCGAGUACGAGUACUCGCAGACAUGGCAUUCACCGAGUACGACAGGUCCGAGUCUCUCAAGCGCGCGAUGCUUCGAACGCCAACUGCACCGCCUACUUCACAGGCGCCAGGUGCGACCUACGUUUGCUUCAACGGCACUGAACAGAACUCUGCCAUCCCGAUCUACAUGUGCGAGCAGUAUACUCUUCUCGAGUCGCCCGCUUACGAGGUCUACCUCAACAACAACGGCAGCUUCACUAUGACCAAGAAGGACCAGAAAGCGCUUAUUCGUGAGAUCCCCUACUCGCAGAUCCCUGCAGAUCAGCAACCUCUAUUCCGAGAAGCUCUGGCCCGUGAAUGGUCAUCUUGGCAACGCUUUUCAGCCGUGGAGGUCUUGGAUCUGAAGACGUCCAAGUCUAUCGGGAGCGACCCCGAGAAGACGAAGCGCAUUAUACCAUCAAGAGUCUGCUACCGCGACAAGAAUGCCGGACGUGGAGUUUCCGAGAUCGACGCCAAGGCAAGAAUCGUGGGUAUCGGCUACAACGACCCCGAUAUCAUGACUCUCAGACGUGACGCACCAACCCUUACGAGAGCUGGUUUCUACAUCUUGCUGCAGACGAUCUCGAGCUGGGACUUCAACUUGUUCGGAGGCGACGUAACCACAGCCUUCCUACAGGCCGAUCAGACCAAGGCCCAGCGCGACAAGCCGAUUUACCUUCGGCAACCUUCUGAAGGACUUCCAGGUGUUCAACGCGGUGCUCUUUUACUUGUACGACGUGCCAUCUAUGGCUUCGUUAAUAGCCCUCGCCUGUGGUGGCGAGAACUUCGUGACUUUCUCAUGCACAUCGGUGGCAAGCAGUGCUUGCUGGACAAGGCUCUAUUCUGUUUCUACAACAAGUCACAUCGCAUUAUCAUGAUUAUUGGCAUCCACGUGGACGACCUCAUCGGAGGCGCAGACGCUCGAGAAGGCUCCAAGCUGUUGGAAACCAUCCGCCAGCGGCUCACUUUCGGCAAAUGGUGGGACAACAAGUUGACCUACUGUGGCAAGCAUCUCAGCAAGAACGAGAACGGCACGAUUUUCAUCAACCAGAAGGGCGACGGGCCCGUGGUCGCGCGUGUUGGCCAGUGGCGCGGACGUGAUAAGUUCGUUCCGGCGUGGGGCAGCGAGUCGGCGCCGCUCCGAACGCGCCGGCGCCGGGCCAAGAUCUCCGAGCAGAACGCCGCGAUCCCGGAGACCCUGGACUUCGAGGCUCGCCGCGAGGCGAAGAUCCGCGAGCUCGAGGAGGCAAUGGAGGAGCCGCUCAAGUAG